AUGGCCUCCCCAACGCAGGCACCCUAUAUCAGCCCUUCACCAAGCGCAAACCCAUCUCUCCGUGCUUCUCCCACCCCAACACAGGCACCUGGAGAGAUAAAUGACUGCAAUCCGGCGAAAAUGUGUCCCAAGAACGCCAAGGAGUACUGGAAACAGGCACAUGCCAGCUUGAAGCAGUCUGACCAGCCGAACGGCAAGCGGAAACGUCACAGUGAUGUUGAAAACGGUGGGCAGGUCAAGAGACACCAGGGAGCACACGCGGAUGAAGUGUCGCAAGCACCACAGACUUCAGCGUUACCCCCAAACGACAACGAAUUCAGCGGUGACGGUUCAACGGCGCCAGGUGUUGGACAGGGUGCCAGCUCAACGCAGAGUGGCGACCUCGGCCCUACCGAGAAAGACAGACAGGUGCAGCAGUUCCUAGGGGUGGAUGCCAAUCUCGACGACCCGCAAUCCCGCAGAGACCUCUACCAACUAUACAACGCAGUUACUUCCUUUGGCCAGGAUAAGUGCAAGUUGGUCGAUCAAAAAUGGCAACUCGACAACUUCCGGACAUCCCUCUACCCACACCAAGUCAUCGGUGUGAGCUGGAUGCUGAGUCGGGAGCUUCACCCGGCAGCCCCAACGGGUGGGAUCCUGGCCGACGAGAUGGGCCUGGGGAAGACCGUGCAGCUCCUGGCCUGCAUGUCCCAGAAUCUACCUGGGAAACACUCCAAGGCCACAAAGACCCUCAUCAUCGCCCCGAAGAGGCUCCUCACGCAGUGGUUUAACGAAAUCAAGAGCCACUGUUCGCACAAGAAGAUGAAACGUGUAUUCAUUUACGAAGCCAGCAAGAUCAUGACGGACGCACAAUGGGAGGAUGAGAGCAUCAUCUUAACCAAUUACAGCCAGCUUCAGCGGCAGCUACCUCCUUUCAGUAAACUGGGACAAAUAGAGAAGUUCAAGCAGAAAGGAAACCCGAAAUGGAAAACCCUUCUCCGAAAACAUAGCAGAGGCGGUCUGUUCAAAAUCGACUGGCACCGGGUCGUCCUUGACGAGGCUCAUGCGAUCAAUAACAGGACCAGUCAGACAUCAAAAGCAUGCAGGCUCCUGCUCAGAAAAUACAGCUGGGUCCUGAGCGGAACUCCGAUGACGAACGAUACCGAUGAGCUUUUCCCUUACUUGGACUUUAUUAGGUCCACAUACAGCGAUUUCGGGAAGUAUCACGGCGCCAUGGGAGACAUCUCGAAUAUUCCCGAGAACCGCCCAGCGGAGUUGAUUACGGUGGACUUCUCCCCAUUUGAAGGCCGCUUGUACCAUCUGACCAGCGACAAGCUUCAGGAGCUCCGAGAGCGAGCGAGGAAUCACAAAGCCGGCGACGGGUCCGAGGCGAUCCCAAAGGGCGAGCUCCACAGACAUUUCGACUAUCUGAGGUACUUUACCUCGCACCCAGCUUUGGUCGAGCCGAAUUACUUUGACCAGCAAACCCGUCAACCUCAGUGCGGCCAUGCCUUUUGUAAAGCCUGCGUUAAAAAGUCCCAGAAAGGCUCGAGGAAGGAUCGCCACUGCUUGAGCUGCGGCAAAACUCCAAGCACCGUAUCAGAGGGUGGCAAGGAGUACUACCGUCACACUGGUGGUUAUUUUGAGAAGUUGAAAGGGAAAUUCGCAGGUUCGGAUUUCUCUAGCAAAGGCAAGCGAAUAAAGAGGAUGCGUAAGCCUGGCGACGACGAGUUCGGAAUUCAGCCACGGUUGACCCAACGGAAGAAGGCCCGGAGAGGAAGACGAAAGGCCAAGAAAAGCAAGGGCCGGCGGGCCAAGGCGAAGAAAGACGACGCGGAACGUCGUAUACGCACCAAUGCUGGGGGGUUUCUCCGGGCGUGUGAUACAAAGCCGUGGGACCCCAUCCCCCACAGCGCAAAGACGAGGGCGACCAUGGAUUUGGUCAAUAAGUGGCAGAAGGAAGCGCCCGACGACAAGAUCAUCAUAUUUAUCCAAUGGAUCCCGAUGCUCUCGUUUCUCGGCAGGAUGAUUUUCCAGAACGGGAUCAAGUUCGUUUACCUCUGGGGGGAGAUGGAGUCAACCGAGCAAGAAAUGGCCAUCAAGGCUUUCCAGCUGGUUCGGGAGAUCAAAAUAAUGCUCAUAUCAGUCAGCUGCGGUGCCCAUGGCCUAAAUCUCACCGCCGCUAACCGGGCCAUCGUUUUCGACCAUUGGUGGCAUGAGGGCUUGGAGCGACAGGCCUUUGCGCGCGUCCAUCGUAUCGGCCAGACUAAAGAAGUUCACACGGCAAAAUUAGUCGCCGCGGGGUCGAUGGACGAAGCUAUCUUGGGGAUGCAGGCAAGAAAGAGGGAGACCAUUGGAUCAGCCGUGGGGGAUGGUACCGCGCACCCGAAAUAUGCCGAGGAUGGGCACAUCGACAAAGAGAUCCUCGAGCUGGCUAGGCUGAACGACAUCAGCGACGGAGAGAGCGAGGUGGGCGGGGUGUGUGACAACGACGGUGAUAGUGGCAGCGACAGCAGUACGGAUGGUUCGAGCGACGAUGAGGACGAGGAUGAAGACGACGGGGAUUACGAUACCGACGCUACAACUGGGAGUCUCUAUGAGUCCGAGGCUGGAAAAUCGUGGGAUGAGGACAGCGAUGCUCACAUGAACAUGGAUUCGGACGACGAGUGAGGCUAUCCCGGGGGUGCCGUUACGGCACCUAUUUUAAGCCUUUGGCAAGGCGUACAGGGCCGUGGGCAGUUUUCACGUCACAAAACCAAUUUUGGGGUGGAGUGGGGGUUAUGACCGAUGUGGCUGGGAGGGGCGAAAAGCGUUGUUAACUGCGUCAGGGCAUCGUUGAUCGGCCUAUGACGAGGAUGGGGCCGUCGACUUGCCGUUACCAUAGCUUUCCAUAGCAUACAUAUGGUUGACUUUUCCCCUAAUACACGGGAAAGAACUAAGCUGCAUACUCUAUGGGCCAAACAAAGUUAAAAGAGUGGAUUAUCUC